UCAUUCCACAACUGUCACUUUUAAACAAUUUUUACGUACUGUUUUAGGUUAUGCCGGUUGUUCGUUUGUUGUUGAAUUCGCUCAAAAUCGUUUAAAAAAAUGGACAACGACUUAGAACGCUCUGUCCGACUUCUCGAAGAUGCGUUACAGACUCCCACCAAGGGUCUCUUCAAGCCCUCAGCGCUAACCCCACGACGAGAAGCCAUCUCCAAUUUAUCAGUGAGCAUGGCCCCCUCGGAGCUCCGCAGAGUCCUCGAAUCCGAAAACACUUUAUUUGCGGACACAAUGGCGUUGAUGUUGCACGACGAUAAAACCAUCGCUGGCUCGGUGAUUCAAGGGGGUACUCCAUGGAAGAACACAGUGGACAAUUUAUACACAGAGUUCGCUAAUAUUUUGCAGUCGUGUUCUGAGGAGUCUGAAAUUUUGGAAGUCGCUAAAGAGUUGGCUAGGUGUUGUUCGGACGCUUUAGCGGUAAUCCAGUCUUUGAAGUCACAGGUGGCUGUAGGUGAACUGCCGGAGGAGAAAUGGUUGGAAAACGAACGCAACAAUUGGAGGUUGUUGUAUGUGUUGUAUAAUGACAGAAUGCAUGCUAAAGAUAGCAAUAAUGAAGAUCACAUGAUUGAUUUUGGUAGCAGUGAGAAAACGUGCAUUAGUGAGUUAUUUAGGCGGGAAAAUUUGAUCAGAGAGAGUCAAUUGGUGAUUGAUUGGCUUGAACAAAACGCGUUAGAUAGGGAUGACCCUAUAUUGCACCACUCAGACUGGACAUACGGAUGGGAGCACACUUUACACCAGCUAAUCACGCCAGAUUCCAUUGCUAUAGGCAGCACUGUGGAUAUAGUGAAAAGUAUACACCCAGACGCACCCCAUUCCCAAGGGUUGUCACUCCACCACUUAGAUAGUGAAAAUGACAAAAAGUUGUGUCAGAGGGUUUUUAUGGAGAUUCGGUGCGGUAAUUUAGAAAAAGCCCAAGAAUUGUGUUCUUCUUGUGGGCAUCCAUGGAGAGCCGCCAUGCUUGAAGGUUGGAAACUUUACCAUAACCCAAAUAUAGUACAAAAUUCUGAAGAGGUAAUGGAUGAUGGCUUGAACCACUAUAAAGAUGUUGAGGGUAAUAGUAAUAGGGAUUUGUGGAAAUCCUGUGCCAUCAAUUUUUGUAAAGCCUCACAUCUUAAUAUUUAUGAAAAGGCGGCUGUGGCGAGUUUGUGUGGGAAUUUGGAGGGGAUUCUUCCAGUGUGUACAACCUGGGAAGAUUAUUUAUGGGCUUAUAUGAGAACUAUGGUUGAUAUUAGAGUGGAAUCUGAAAUCAGAGACAAUAUUAUGAAGAAUUACAAGCCUUUGCCUGAAGAAUACUGGGAGCAGAAACUUUCCUUGAGUCAAGUCUUUAAUAUUUUGGAAACUUCUAAAAAUUUGACGGUUUUCACUGAAGCAAAACAGACUGAUCAUAUCAUUCAGAAACACAUUAUUUUGGACGAAAUUCCAAAAUUGAUUAGUCUGUUAGAGGCACGGUCUGAAGAACCCACUGUUUCAACUCACUGGAUGAGGUUUUUUGCUCAUUUGGUUCUAUUUUUUGAUAGCGUGGGCGAUUUUACAAACAGGAAGGUUUCAGAAAAGAUUGUGGAAACAUACAUCAACCGCUUAAGCGACAUGAACGAGACCCAACUCGUCGCUUUCUACGUCAGUAAGCUCGGCAAGCGCAAACAAGUCGUCCUCUACGCCAAACACUGCGAAAAAAUCCUCACGCACAACGACCGCAAAAACGCGCUCAAUUACGCCGAGCAAUUCAACCUAGACGUCUACGCAAUCAGCACACGAAUAGUGGAAAGCAUCACCAACAAACCGAGCGAAGUCGACGUCCCCGGAAACCUCCAGAAAAAACUAACCGAAAUCGACGAAAUCAAAAUCUCGUCUUUGGACUGGCUCAUGUUCUACGAAGAACAACUAGCCGAAGCGCUCGCCCACACGAACACCCUCAUCUUCAAGUUCCUCACUCUGGGGAAGCUUGAAGCCGCGCAUUUGGCCAUCGCUAAAAUUCCGCACGAUACAGUGGACAAGAUUAAGAGCGAGGGGGAGGUUUCAGAGCAGACGGAAGAAAUUAUUAAGGAUUAUUUGAGUUAUAAGGCGUAUUUGGACGCUCAGGAGGGGUUCAAUGAGUGGUUUAGGCAGUAUAGGAAUAAACCGACGCCGCCGCCGGAGCUUCCAGAGAGCGCACAAUUCACGGAAAAAGUCGCUCAUAAACAUAAAGUUUCGCAGUUCAAAGCGGAGACCGAAAGGUGGAAAUUAACGACUUCGCAUUCGGCCAAAACUGCGAAAACGCUGUUGUAUAAUGUUUUGUUGUUCCCGCAGGGGUGGCUAGUGGGGGCAGAAGACGCUGAAUAUUUAAGGUCCGUUUGUAUUCCAGAGGUGGUGUUGUUGCUGUAUUCGGUUAUAAGCGAGUCAGCAAUGCACGAAGAGGCCGUUCAAUUGUCGGAUUUGGUAGCCGCAGAGAAAUACGGGUUGUAUAAGGUUUACUCGAAAGAGAAGUUGGGCGAACUUUUGGAGAAAAUUUGUGAGAGCUCGGUUGCCCUUCUAAACGCCAAAAAAGACCCGUUUGGAAAUCCAUCUCGAGCUUAACCACUAGUUUCUUUCUAUUUUAAUAAAUUCAUACUUUUCU